UCGGUCUGUUUUCAAACGAGUGGAAGAAAGCGGCGCUGGAAGAAGCGAAGGACCCGAAAGAGCGUCGAGCUUCUCCUUUUUGUCACGUUUAGCUUCAGCCUGUAGUAUUUCCAAUGGAUUUAGAACCCGGAACAUACGAACCAGGAUUUGUUGGUAUUAGGUUUUGUCAAGAAUGUAACAACAUGUUAUACCCUAAAGAAGACAAGGAGAAUCGCAUCCUGCUCUAUGCGUGCAGGAACUGUGACUACCAACAAGAAGCAGACAACAGCUGCAUCUACGUCAACAAGAUCACCCACGAAGUGGAUGAGUUGACACAAAUCAUUGCUGAUGUAUCUCAGGAUCCAACACUUCCAAGGACAGAGGACCACCCCUGUCCCAAAUGCGGUCACAAGGAGGCAGUGUUUUUCCAGUCUCACAGUAUGAAGGCUGAGGACGCUAUGAGACUGUACUACGUCUGCACGGCCCCUCACUGUGGACACAGAUGGACGGAGUAAAGUUAGCCACGAUGAAGAGAUCUAACUUUUUUUAUCUAUAGUAAUUACUGUUCACAGAAAAACCACAGCUCAGAUUUUCUUUACUAUCAAUGUGCAGCUUUCUUGUUAAACAGCAGGGCUGCUGACGUUUGUAGAGUAUCUUUGUUUGAAUGCUGUAAGUGUCAGACAGCAUCUUAUGAAUAUGAUGUAUUAAUAUUUUUUUAUAGAAGUUGUCAUGUUUUUGUUAGAUUAAAGGAAUCACUUAUUUCAAAA